CAUCGCGGCCGGUCCAAGCGACCGAGGCACGCGCAUUCCUUCUCUUCUGGACCGUCCGCCAUGAGCGUGUCGCUCGCCGGACGCCCCGCGGCGGUGUGCCUGGGCAUGGGCGUGGCAAUGCUGGCGUCCGUGUCGCUGUCCAGACACAACGCGAAGCUCUGGCGCGCCUUCCGCUGCCGAAGGCUGGGCAGCUCCGGCUCCAGACCGCUCUCGACGGCGCGGCUGCUGCCCUGUGCUACGGAGCUCGAGCAGGCGGACCCCAACAAGCUUAGCAAGCAGAAGAUCACGGUGGUGCAGUUGAACAUCCUGGCCAGCAACUUGGCGACACGCAACCACUUUCCGUACGUGUUGGAGUUGAGUCUCAAUUGGGAGAACCGCAAGAUGGCGUUGCUGAGGCAGCUGGAGGCUCUAGACGCCGACGUCCUUUGUCUCGAGGAAUUGAGUGACUACUGGACUUUCUUCAAGCCGGAGUUACAGGACCGAGGAUAUGAGAGCGUGUACGUCAAGCGUCCGUCGAUCCACGUAUCGAACUGGUCCGGCGAAAAGAAGCAUGACGGCUGCGGCAUUUUCUACAAGAAGGACAAGUUCGAGCUGAAAGAGUUUGAGGCCGUGAAUUACCAUGACCCGCACGACCGCGUUGCUGUGCUGGCUUUGCUGAAGAUGCGUCAUUUUGCGCAGUUUGUUUUGGUCGGAUGCACGCACUUGUGGUGGAACGCAAAGAAGGUGGACCAUCAGAUGGCUGAGCUGUUUGAGCUGGAGGAAGAAGUGAUCCGGAUGAGCUGUGAUGUGAGGGACAAGUACGAGCGCGAGCUGUCUGGUACCGCAACUGGCCAGAAUCGUGUACCUAUCGUGCUUUGCGGUGACUUCAACAACUCGCCAGAAUCGCCGAUUUACGAGUACAUGGAGAACUCCUUCAUGCAAAAGCCCAAUUUGGAGGGCGUAAACGAAGCUUUCCGCAGCGCGUACGCUUUCUACAAGCCGAACGCGCUGGCGAGUGCGUUGGAGCACUCUGAGGACACGUUGCAGUCUCUCAAGGUGGAAGAGGGGAAGAAGGCCGAGCCGCCCCACACGACAGUGAACUUCCGGCGGUGCUGGACUAUCGACUACAUCUGGUACUCAAAGAGCAGUUUGGUGCCCUCGCGAGUACUGGAGAUUCCACCGGAGAGUGUACUGCGCGCAGAAGACGGACCUGGAAACUGGUUCAACCGUUUAGCGAUGUCAGACAGCUUGAACCGUUCCGGUCGCCUGCCAUCUGGUCUCCAUGGCAACUACAACGGCAUCCCCAACUCCGUCUUCGGUAGCGACCACGUGCCCAUCAUGGCCGAAUUUGAGUUCCUUUGCGCUAGUGAGGAUGGUAACGUCGAUAACAAGUAG